AAAAUCAAUAUAUCCAACGAAUGAUUUUUAAUUGAAGUCAAUUUCGGUUUUUUUUUUUUUCAAUUAUUCCGUGGAUUUUCUUUUAUAAAUUAAUUAUAUUUGCUCAAUUAAUUUUUAUUUUCCAGCAGGCAAAAUUCCCAGUUUGGUUCAACUCGUCCCAAAACAAAGUUUCUUUUAAGACUAAUCCCCAAAAAUUUCGCAUAAAAUACCUCUUCGUUGCCGCCUCCGCCAUCUAAUUUAGCUUUGAAAUCAGUGAAAAAAAGAAGAAGGAAGGUUCUCGAUGGCGAUUCUUUACGCCGUGGUGGCUCGAGGCACGGUGGUUCUAGCGGAGUUCAGUGCCGUAACGGGGAACACCGGUGCGGUGGCACGACGGAUCCUCGAGAAACUCCCGCAAGAAGCCGAUUCAAGACUCUGUUUAUCGCAGGAUCGAUAUAUCUUUCAUAUACUUAGAUCGGAUGGCCUCACUUUCCUCUGUAUGGCUAAUGAUACCUUUGGAAGGAGAGUUCCAUUUUCGUACUUGGAGGAUAUUCACAUGAGGUUCAUGAAAAAUUAUGGUAGAGUGGCUCGUUAUGCACCAGCAUACGCGAUGAAUGAUGAGUUCUCACGGGUAUUGCAUCAACAAAUGGAGUUUUUCUCCAGUAGUCCAAGUGCAGAUACUCUCAAUCGUGUUAGAGGUGAAGUGGGUGAGAUACGUUCAAUCAUGGUGGAAAACAUUGAGAAGAUACUCGAGAGAGGUGACAGGAUUGAGCUUCUUGUUGACAAAACUGCUACAAUGCAGGAUGGUGCAUUUCACUUCAAGAAACAGUCUAAACGCCUUCGUCAAGCACUUUGGAUGAAAAAUGCCAAACUCUUGGCCAUGCUAACAUGCUUGAUCGUGCUGAUACUCUACCUAAUAAUUGCUGCUUGCUGUGGUGGUAUCACUCUACCAUCAUGCAGAUCCUGAGUGACGCACUCACUGGUUUAAAUUCCUCUACUAAGGAUUAUUUUAUGCAAGUUUGUUCCAAUAGUUCAUCUGUUUCGAGUUCGGUUUUGAGGAAUAUUUGUAAACAUAGUGUUUAUUACGAUACUGCUCUAGAAUCCCAGCAAAAUAUCUAUAUAGUUCACAACUCUUCCUGCACCUCACCACCUAGAUAUUGUAAUCUCGGAAGAAUGAGUUGCCAUUAAAGUUGCUGUGGAUCAUCUUUGUAUUCUGUAAAUGCAUGGAAUGUAUGUAGUAGUGAAUUUUUUA